CCCGUCCCUCACUUCCUCGCGCCCACAACCAUCCUGCUAGCCGCACACGCUCUUCGUUUGCUAGCAUUUUGAUUCGCGAGAUGGCCUCCGAGAUCAUGGACAAAGGGUCUACCAGCAGCUCCGAUCGCCCCUUGGAGAAGGUCGGUCAUGAGACCAACACUGCCUACGCGCUCGAUGAGAGGCGACGAGCGGCGCUAGCAGAGGUCGACAAUGCCAAGUUCAGUUGGUUCCACAUCAAGGUGAUGCUGGUCGCCGGUGUCGGCUUCUUCACAGAUGCCUAUGAUAUUUUUGCUAUCAACAUUGCGUCGACCAUGUUGGGCUACGUGUAUGGAAAAAAUGGCGCUCUCACCACCAACGAAAGUCUUGGCGUCAAGGUCGCCACGCCAAUGGGCAACAUUAUCGGCCAGUUUCUCUUCGGCUGGCUGGCUGAUGUCGUCGGACGUAAGAGGAUGUAUGGUAUCGAGCUCAUGAUUAUCAUCGUCGCGACAUUCGGCCAGGCGGUCGCCGGCGAGGCGCACGCAGUCAAUGUGUUGGGUGUCAUCAUCGUCUGGAGAGUUUUCAUGGGAAUCGGGAUCGGAGGCGACUAUCCUCUCAGCGCCGUCAUCUCUUCCGAAUUCGCCUCAGCGCGCUCACGCGGCCGGCUUAUGACCGCUGUGUUCGCAAACCAGGGCUGGGGUCAGCUCACCGGCUCAAUCGUCGCCCUCGUCAUCGUUGUGGGAUACAAGGACACGCUGAUAAACGGGCCCGCUGACACGCCCUGCGUCGACGCCAUGUGGCGCAUCCUGAUCGGGCUGGGCUGUGUGCCAGGCGCGGUCGCGCUCUACUUCCGGCUGACGAUCCCAGAGACACCGCGUUUCACGAUGGACGUCGAGCGCAACGUGAAGCAGGCGUCGCAGGACGUCGAGAACUUCCUCACGACGGGCAGCUACUUUGUCGACCCGGACGCGGUCGUGCAGCGCGUGCAGGCGCCAAAGGCGAGCAAGCGCGACUUCUUGGCGUACUACUCCAAGUGGGAGAACCUCAAGCUGUUGAUCGGGUGUGCGUACUCGUGGUUCGCGCUGGACAUUGCGUUUUACGGUUUGGGCCUGAACCAGUCUAUCAUCCUCGAGGCUAUCGGCUUUGGCACGCCAAGCAACGGCUUGACGGGGACGCGCAAGAUAUACACGAACCUGCACAACAUCUGUGUCGGGAACAUCAUACUCACCGUCGCUGGGUACAUUCCCGGCUACUGGGCGUCAUUCCUCGUCAUCGACAGGUGGGGCCGCAAGCCACUCCAGCUCAUGGGCUUCAUCAUGCUCACGAUUCUCUUCGUCAUCAUGGGCUUUGGCUUUGACAAGCUGACGGCGACGACGAGCGCAAAAGGCGCGUUUGUGUUUCUGUACUGCCUCGCGAACUUUUUCGAGAACUUUGGGCCGAACACGACGACGUUCAUCGUCCCCGGCGAGGCCUUCCCGACGCGCUACCGGUCGACGAGCCACGGUAUCUCGGCCGCGAGCGGGAAGCUCGGCGCGGUCAUUUCGCAGGUCGGCUUUGCGCGGUUGGCCAACAUUGGCGGGACGAACCACUUUGUGAAGCACAUUAUUGAGAUAUUGGCGCUGUUUAUGUUGACGGGCGUUUUCUCGACGUUGCUAAUCAGGGAAACGAAGAACGAGACGUUGGAAGACCUCUCGAACGAGAAGCAGGAAGGGUUCAUCGAAGGUGUCGCUGCUUCAGGAGACUCAUAAUUGAGUGUAUGCCAGACGUUUCCUUCCCGCUUCCAUUUCUUGCUUCAUCACUCACACUGCUGCUCAAUGUCUCUAUCCCGUCGCUGCAUGAUGUAUUUAUGCUCUCAUUACUUAGUCACUCACUCUCGUGGAUGGCGCGCGCGUGUGUGCGCCAGACUGUUACGUUCACUGUAAUGUAUCGCAGCCUUGUAUGCGUGAACGCGCAGGACGCGCUGCGGGCUGCAUGUAAUGAAUAUACCCACGCUCCUUGCCCGAUGCAUACUGCUUCGAUUCGCCCCGCG